UUCACCGCAUUACGUUACAAUCGUGCUGGCUUGGACGUCAGCAAAGCUGAAAACUGACAUUCGAAGAACCGAUCACACAUCACGUAGAAAUGCUUGAACUUUUGAAGGCGUUUUCAGUUAAGAACUUAAUUAGCUGCAGUUCGGACGCAAAGUUUUCAAGGGAACGUCAAGUGCUGUACUCCUAAAAUGAAUCACCUGGGCUCCAUACUGCUCCUCCUGCUCAUCAUGUGCAUUCAACGCUCACGACAGCAAGCCUUUGCGAAUUCCGAACCUUUGACGGAUAAUGGGAUUUACAUGCCCGGCCUGGAGGACGACCUGGACUGGACGGGGGCCAACUGGCAGCUGGUGGUCCGCUUUCUGAUGCAGCGCCAGCAGCUGCGUUUCUGCAUCGCACUGGCCAGAUUCGAUGAGCAGCUGGUUCCCGGCACAGCCUGCCAGGCUCUCCUGGCCAACGGCCCGCUCAUGGCCAACUGCGAUAUUGGUAACAUCGAGGACCUGACCAUGACCUUGCGCUACGCCUUCGGCGAAAUUCUGCUGGACACGAGUCGAAAGUGUCGUCCUGGCCUGGAGCUAUUCGGAGUUCGCUGCAGGCGGAGGGCUUGAAUAUUAUUAUUUUUAUUCCCAGAAUUAAAGUACGGAAUUUUCAUAUUUCAGCAACACCAACUGCCAAAUGAAAACAAUUUAGUUUAACAUUAAUUUAAGAGAUUUCCAUUUAUGACAUACAACAAUUUUAAAGUGUUCAGUGGCACUCAAAUACUUUUCCAAUGGCUAUUUCUAAUGAAUAUUGAUGUAUUUCUAUGCGCAGAUUCGAUACUAAGCCAAGUGAUGCCAGAAAUAAGUGCAUUAGUUUGAGUUUGUCACUAACAAAUUAGUAACUAAUGGAAUAUCGUAACAUUUUUGCUAGCUGCUGAAUUUGCUAAUUGUUCCCAUUUCCAUUUCGUCUCCUAAGUGCAUUGCUAAUUCACUUUAUCGAGCAAUUUUUCAUCGUCUGCCCUGUGCUGUCCCUUGUCAUUUCAAUAUGUCAAUAAAAAUCAGAAAGUAA